AUGCGUAAUCGUUCGCAAAUCUCACUGUGCAAAUACCUUCUGAGAUACCCUCUUGAAUCUUAUCCAAAACCCACGUCUUCGUUUCUCAUCAACUCGCUUCCAGCGAUUCCUACUCAACUCAUUCCCAGCUCAGUCCGAUAUCCAAAGCCCAGCCUUUUCCAGCAAACGUUCCAAACCACAGAAAACAUCCGAGUUGGAUGUGAACAAGGAAGUCGAUUCAAUCAACCUCAAGUUCGUGGAGGCAAGAGAGGAGAUAGAGAUGGCACUGAGUCGAAAGCAUCCGAGUUGGAUGUGAACAAGGAAGUCGAUUCAAUCAACCUCAAGUUCGUGGAGGCAAGAGAGGAGAUAGAGAUGGCACUGGAGUCUAAAGAGACUGUUUAUUUCAAUGAAGAAGCAGAAUCUGCUCGUGCUGCUGUUAAGGUGGUUAUGGACAUGUUUGAAGGGCUUUUAGGAAAGCUACCUGAUUCGGAAAAGGCGGCUUUGCAGCGCUCCAUGGGACUCAAGAUAGAGCAGCUCAAGGCUGAGCUUCAGCAGUUGGAUGAUUGA